GAUAAUAUUAUAAACAAUUCAUCUCGAAUUACCCCACCACCCCGAGCUCUUGAUCUUCCCACCAGCUCCCCAUCCUCCCCCUAUUCUUUCGCCACAGAGGUCGACAACCAUUAUCCACUACCGGCAGCUAUCCUAUUGGACUGAUUAGAGGUGUUGUCGUUGUUGUGGUGUGGGUCAGGAUGGCUCGAAGAACAGAUGACCCCCUCACUCUAUCUCGGCGAUCCAACAAUCUUCAAUUCUCAUGUUCCUCCUAUUUUCAGUCUCCGUCUUCUCAACACUACACUCGUUCAAUUUAUCUUUACACGGACCCAAGAUCCCUCUCCGCCGAGGCUAGCCGUCCCGUGAAGAAACACCAGCCAAAUUCCCCCAUCAGUGAUGCCCCUUCCCCCGUCCCGCAGGGGCCGGCCGGAUCUACCGCCCCGCAGUAUACUCACAGGGCUAUUUCCUCUUUGAUAACGCCGUAUCUGGCGUCGAAGCCUGUAAAGCGCACGUCGAAAAAACCAGCCCGCCCUCACAGCCUUUCCUCUUCGUCCUCAUCGAUACGUAGCACCGCGAGUAGUAUCCUUUCCAGAAAGCGCAAGUACUACUAUGAGCACCCCAAGCUUUCCACCCUGCCCUCGGAGAUCUUGGACGAGGUGUUCCAGCAUCUAGACCAGGGCACUCUUCUUGCGCUCGCUAAGGUUUCCAGACGUAUGUUCGAUGAAGUGGCGCACACAUUAUAUGCCUCCCCGUCCUUUGCUUCCACAUAUCGCUUGGCCCAAUUUGUUUCUGUGGUCUCGCGGAAUAGGUUCUUGGCCAAGAUGGUGCGCAAAUUGGAUCUAUCGAACCUGGGGUCCUGUGUAGACCCAGACCUCCCAUUGGCGGGAUGGAGGGAAUGGAAAUUUCGCUCCUCCCAGCUCUACACAAUCCACCGGGACGACCCUCAAGACAGGAGGAAAUCCGGUCGGGUUAGAAGAAAGCUGCCUACACUGAAAACUAGCACUCACCCACUCCCCUCGCCCCUCCUAAAAAAGUAUUCUACCUCUAGAGAUGUUCCUGUUGGCGGAAUCAUUCACAUCCUUAGAGCUUGCCCCUACCUCCGCGAGCUGAACCUGUCCGGCGUCCUGCUUGCUCCGGACUACAGUGUGCGUUGGACGAAAACUUCAACUUAUAAACCUGUGGCCUUCACUGGGCUCCUGUUCGUUUCCGACGUGCCGAAGAGCUUUACGUGGAAGGAGGACGACACGAAGCCUUUGCAUGCUUCUGUUGAUCUUGUUGAGGCAAUUCUGGGCCUGAAGUGUUUAGAAAGGCUCAAAAUCAAGGGAGGUCUUUGGGUCACAAGAGACAUUGCCAAACGCAUGGUUGAAAAAUCUGAAAGGCUCGAGAAAGUUGACUUUCGUGAGUGCGGUAUGUACAAGGACAUUUGCUGGGCCGUUAAAGGUCAAAAGGAUAAGGUCAAGGAGGUCAUAGAGGAGGAAUUGCAGGCGGAGCUUAGAAGGGGGCAAAGUACUGCAAGUCCGUGACCAUGACUUGCGAAAUUGGAGGCCCAUUUGUUUGCUUUUCAUUUGAGAAUUCUGUUUUUCAUCAUCUCCAUUACUUCCUCCUACCUGAUCUCCUUUGGCGUCUUGAUUGGGCGUAGGGGCUCUUCGCAUUAGAGGGCCCGUUGGGAGCUCUCUGAUUUUUUUCUUUUUUUAAUCUCCUUCCAAAUAUCUGACGUAUGCUGGGUGUGCAAUGAAGCUCUCCCCCCAAAAAAACAUGUUGCCUCAAAUGAGCUUUUUAAGAAAAUAUGAAUACUGAGUCUUGA